AUGAUCAGGGAGGUCUCCGAUUAUCUGGAGCUCGACGAGCCUCCGCCACUCGAGCUUCCCCCAAAUCCACCAUCGCUUCCGGGGCGCUCGGCUUCCAGGACACGAGAGGAGAAGAUUCAGCGUUUGGCAGCGCCCGCGCCUCCAGCUUCCAGGCCACGGGAGGAGAAGAUCAAGCCUUUGGUAGCGCCCGCGCGUCCAGCGCCCACCGCGAUGUUUGAGGAUGAUCCGGAUCAAGCUCGCGGUUAUCGGCCGGCGAUCCCUCCGGCAGUGAAGAAGAGGAAGAGGGGGCGGCCCCCUGGGGGAGAGAACCAUCCGCCGUUCACGCCCGUCCAUUGGGGCCUUCCCGACAGCUGGGAUUUCGAGCGCGCUCGAUCGAUCAAUCCGCCCUGCAAGACCUGUGGCGAGCCCUCCAGUUUCUGCGAUUUCAACAACAGGAAGAUCUCCCAGCCGCGAUACAAGUGUAAGAACAGGGCCUGCCCAGCGAGAGCAUCCAAGUUCCUGUUAAAGGACGAGGGUCUCUUGCGGGAGCUUGGUUUGAUCAUCUAG